AUUUAGUUGAAUGUCGGCGCCUCGUCGUUCGUGUCUCUAUAGCUAUUUGCCCCUAGAUCCAGAAUGUGCCAACUAGAUCGCGUCAACGCCAUAACUUAUCAGUCAAUUGCAAAGUAGGAGUGCCUCGAACGUGACUGUCCAGCGGCCGGGACCAUGGGAAAAUUCGAAGGCCACGCAUUGCCCGGGACAUUCAUGUUAACUUUCGGAACUUGGUGGGCCUUUGCCGCUUGGCGCAACUACUUCCGCAGCAGAGAGCAAAAGCGGCACUACGCCUGUCGUUGCUCGUACGCGAUGCCCUGUCUAUGUCGGCGCUUCAACUUCGAAGGCAUCACUAAGAUUGUCGCCUGCUCUAUUUGUGUUGCCAAUGAGACGAGAGGGAUCAUCCAGGUCGGCGUGACCACCGAGCGUGGCUACUUCGAUCUGAUGGCCAGCUCUCAGCACUUCUCCAUGUACCUUUUCUAUGUGCUCAGCGGCGUCGUCGACGUCAUGACCAGCAGCGGCUUUCCCUUACCGCCUUACACCGACUACGUGACGCUCUUGCUCGCCGUCUCCGUAGAGGGACUGCUGUUCCACUUCCACCUGCACGGAAGACCCCCCCUCGACGUUCUGGUCCACACGCUCCUGGUCUACACAGCUGUGGCCUGGGCGGCCUGCAUCGUCGUCGAGAUGUGUCGACCCCGAAGCAUUCUGGCGUCUCUGGGCCGCGCAUACUUCUGCCUGUUGCAGGGGACGUGGUUCUGGCAGGUCGGAUACGUCCUUUACAGUCCGCUACCCGAACAUCCACCAUGGAAUGUUGAGAGCCACACGGACAUGAUGCUGGCCGCCAGCGUGUUCUCCUGGCACAUGAUGGCUCUGCUGGCGUACCUCGGCGCUUUGGGAAUCGUGGCCUGGGCCGUGAAUCGAACGUGCGGCAGGUGGUGUGGAGAUGACUCCGCGGUGGUUAAAGAAGACGACGACCUCCGCCAAGCGCUCGUUACAGGUUAGCCGAUGAAGUUGGCCCGCCGGGUGACGGUGUGCCCGACGAAAGGUGCGGUGCUCAGUGACUACGGCGGUGACGACGACGCUUUCGUGAGUGCUACCCGGCUAGCCACACGAGAGAAUGACGAGGGUGUGCCUUUGUUGGUGGAGUCAAGCACAGUAGUUCACAAAAUUUAUGUAUGUCCCCGCCAGUACCAGUAGUGGAAUGAAGGGACGACAGAAGUGAUAAUAUAGUCAGUGAAGCAGAACUAAGUGUCUGAGCCUUUAAUUAUUAUCUUUCUCUCUCUUUGCUGCAACUAUACUUCGUGGUGGACUUAACACUUGUCGUGUGAAACACUUGUCGAUUUGUGUGUAACGGGAACUUGCGUUUGUCAUUGAAUCGAUUGUUGUCCUGGUUUUAUAGGUUAUCUGCCACUGAUACGUCCAGGAGCAUAAAAAGCCAACCAGCUUUCUACAGGCGAAUUGGGAGCAGAACUCCCAAGUUUUAAUAACAACACAAACUUAACCCUGCCAUCAUCGCUUUCUAUUAUAUUGCAGAACCACGGUGCAAAAAGUCAGCCGGCAUUGUUCUAGGUGAAUGUUUACCAUAUUAGGGAUUUAUGUUUAAGCGGAAUCACUCCGAACCGAUAUUCCAACCGACUAAAUAGGUUUAAAACCGAAAUGCCGGUUUAUCAGCCAGUGAGCAGACAGUAUCGAG